AUGCGUAAGAUUAUCGUUAUUGCUGUCGCCUUGGCGGCUUAUAUCAACGCAGCCUUAAUUCCAACCAGCGUCUCGGGCAGUCUUCCUGCUCCUACUGACCUCUCUCGAGAGGUCACCUUCACCGCCUCCAACGGCUCUGAUGUUGUCUUCAACGUUGGAACCGGCUUUGGCAUCGUCAACGACUUGCGCAACGCACCCUCCCACCUUGCCAAACACAUCAAGAUUGUCCCCGUCGAUGGCUUCGCGGAGCUUUGCACAGUUCGUGCUACUAGAAGAGCUGGCUCUGGAAUGCCUCGCCGCGACGACUGUCAGGCUCUCCACGAUUAUCUCAAGAACUAUGGCGCUCUGAUCUACUUCGAGGAUCACGAUGCCGACCUUGCACGAUGGGCAGAGAUCUUCUGGGUCGGGACCUGUGCCUUUCGAACUCAAACCUACAGCCGCAACCUCGUCUACAGCAGCGCAGAUAUUACACGUUUUCUCGAAAGAUCUCUUAGUCGUGACACGUGGACUGUCGACGGUCGCAUGUCUGCUUCGGGCGAGGCUGACUGUGCCGUUGUGGAUGGCGGUGUUGGUCAGGCUGCGAUGUUCUGGAGACUUCAAGAGCGCGCCGCGCCGCAAACCAGUGCUGCCCACAACGCAAUCGAGGCCCGCGAGCCCAAGGCUAUCCCACCCCUCGUCGUUGAUACUCUCGAGAUGGUUCCUCGGGACACUUCUGCCUACGUUCUCAACAGCACGAUUCAAAACUUCAAUGAUUCUGGUCUCUUGGUUAACCAAACAGUUGCCAAACGAUUCAUCAUCGACACCGACGGCGACAUGACUGGCCCCUACUGCGACCCGAUCUGGCUGUCGUCCUCUUGGGACGAGCUGAAUGUCCCUCGCAGGUCCGAUUGCGAGCAGCUCUUUGAGUUCGUCAAGAGCAACAAGGCGUCGGUCGAGUUUAAGGAUCGCGACCUCGACUUCUGGGCCAAGUUCGCAGCCCACGGCACAUGCGGCGUCAUGUUCAAGACGACCAAAGCCAAAAUGACGGUCACGAACCGCGACAUGGCCGGCUUUCUCGACAAAGCUCUGCGCUGGGAGUCCACCAAUACCGCAGAUGGUGGUACCAAGGCAAAAAUGGGUGUCAAAUGUAGCAUCGGCGGCAGCCAGGAGAAGUGGGUUGGCGAGUUCCGUCUCUUCUGGCGUAACCCGAGUCUCCCUAUCGGACAGCUCGACCGUCGCGAGCUCGAGACUCUCCCGCGUCUCACAGCUGACUCUCCUGAGCCCAUCACCCCGGCCGACGAUGAUGAAGGCAUUCAUUGGAUUGACUAUGAAGCAACAACUCAGGAUGGCAAGAACGUGACUUUCCAAGUCAACGCCAAGGGCUUAUCAACAUCCCCGACCAAGCUUGCCUCUAGGGUCGAGUACGUUAAAACUCCUCUUGGCCCCUCGAAGCGUUGCAACUCCAACACCCUUUGGAUGGGCGGUGCUCAUCGUGAUUCCGCCACGGUCGAAGAUUGCAAGCACCUCCGCGACUUUAUUGGUGCGCAACGCAUGUACUGGCAGUUUUCCGAAGAGGAAGUCCGCAACGGCCGUCGUGAUCCUGUCCAGGUCACGCCAAUCGCCAAGUACGAAACUUGCCACUUCGGCUAUGGCCCCCGCCAGUUCGUGAACAUUGGCAACAUGGAUAUUGAGCGCCUCUUGGACGGCGCCAUUGAGUACCUCGACAACACUCAUGGACGCAUGCGUGGUUGGGGCUAUCUCGGCUGCGACUUCGAGGAGCAGUUCGGCAGCAAGGCGGAUGGCUACUGGAGAAUCUAUCCUUAA